AUGAAGGCCUUGGUCUUAUUAGCACUGUCCAAGGCCGUCUUGAGCGCGCUUGCUUCUCAAGUCACACCAGAUAAAGAGACGAAGACGCAAUCUGUUUCGUCUACUGAGCUAGAGGCGCUGAACAAUUUGAGCGUCGACGUACAAUCCGGAGCCUUCGUGGUGGAACCGGGCGAAAUUUUUGAAGUCACAGCCCGUGUCAAUGGAGACUUUUCUAGAGCACCUCUGGAACGUUCCUUGUGGCUCGGGCUUCGGUUUCUACCAGUUGGUGAUGCUGACGCACAAGAACAAUCGGCAAGGGCCUCUGAACUUCUGUGGGAAAAACUCGAGGGGAGCACAGCCUCCUGGUCUCUGAAGCUGAACGGAAAAGGAGAAUACCGGGCACUUGUGCUUGGCCAGUUCUAUUGCAACGUAGAAGAAAAGUCAUUUAAGGAGGCAGAUUACCUGCCGUGCCUCCAACCCCUUCCUUUGAGACAGGGAACUGAACUCCAGAUCAGGGUAUCCCAUGUCUCUGCCCGUCUGAAGCUGUCAUGGGACAAGCCACAAACCAUACGCGCGCUUUCACGUUUAAAAGAUGCACCUCAGGGAGAGCUCCAAGUAUCAGCUAUCUCUCUGGACGGCUCUGAGUUGCGGCGUGACUUUAAGGGCACCGUGUACCUUGUGGCCAUUGGCACCAAUGAGGAAAGCAAUUUUUCGUCCCAGCCAGCGCUUGGAGGUCAAACAAGUGCACGUCUGAUCAACGGAGUUGCCACCUUUUCUAAUCUCCAGCUGGUCAGGGAGGGAACAUUCAGGCUUGUUGCCACUGCUGAUGGCGCACAAGCCACAGAGAGCGCUACAGUGAUUGUCGCCCCUGCAGUUUCGCGGGUGAUAAGGCGAGCUAUUCGUACACGUGCACAGCAUCGCAUCAUUAUACGCGCACUAUUCUCUUUUUACGUUCAUACUCUAUGA